GAAAGUUAAAUAACGAAAAACCAAAAAAGGAAAACAAAAAAGAACAGAAAAGUCUUGGCUAACGCGAAAAACUGAGGCGAGUGAGCUUUACGCACCAGGAGGUUGUGAGUUGCUAUUGUGCGCCAUCCUGCGAAAUCCGAAGCAAGAUUGCAGGAGAAAGGAGAGGGAGAGAGAGCGAGUAGGGGGAGGAGCAUGGGUGAUCUGUAUGUAUGGCUCAUAUCCUUCUUCUUCCUUAUAGCUCUAAUAGUCAUCAUCGUCUUCCAGCUCAUGUGCUUAGCAGAUCUGGAGUUUGAUUAUAUUAACCCUUAUGACUCCUCAUCUCGGAUAAACAAAGUGAUAUUGCCGGAGUAUAUAACCGAAGGAGUUUUAGGCUUGUUUUAUCUCCUAACAGGGCACUGGUGUAUGUCACUGUUGUGUGGUCCAUACCUUUAUUACAAUGUGAGGCUUUACACAGGAAAACAGCAUCUGGUAGAUGUGACGGAGAUAUUCAACAUGCUUCACUGGGAAAAAAAGCAGCGACUUUUCAAACUCUUCUAUCUCAUUUUCCUCCUCUUUCUGACAAUUUUCUGGAUGAUUUUUACUGCAUUGGAAGAACAUGACCUCGAGUAAUUGGAGAGGGCUGGGUUUCAUGAACCGGUUGCUUGUAUGAAUGAUCAGGACAAACAAGGGGGUCUGUUGUAAUUGAUAUAGUUCACGUUCCAGGAUCGACUGAUCAGUAGAUUUUUGAUUGAUUCAUUGAAUUAUGAUUUAAGAUGCUAUGCAUUCCUGGGCCUUUGGCUAAUACCAAAUGUUUUUGAGGCUGUGUUAGGUUCAUUUAUCUGUUCCUCCUUGGUUUAUGAUUUCCCUCUGCCUCUGCGCAUCUUGUCCUUAAGCGCUAGUUCUUCUGCUGUUCUUGUUUUUGUAGUGUAACCUUUUAUUAGAUAUCCUUCACGAGUGAAUUGCAAUGUAAAUUUUCUUA